CACACUUGUCGUGCGCCCCACCCAAGUGGCGCGUUCACUAAUGGUGGCACGAAGAGCGCCAGAAAACACCCCUUGUGACGGAGCAUUGUAAAGACGGGAACUAUGUGGUGUGAGAGCGCGGAAGACUGGGAGUGAUGAGGAUGUGUGAUGACGACCGACGUUUACUGGUUGAUUAUAGGCUACUUUGAAGCCAUAAUUGUUCGCGAAAUUAAUAUUGCGUCUUCGUUACAGCGGACAAGGAUGCUCGUAGUACAAAUGAUGCUCUGAUGAGUGAGACAGAUGGAUGGGAGCCGGGAAUGCCAAAGCUGAAUCUUCAUGGGUGCACGCAGAGAACCAGCAUACUUAGAGGGUGAAGUGAAAAGACCCCAUCUGAUCUGAGAUAAAGAACCGGAGGACCGGUGUGCCAUUAUGGCGACCGUUAUGUUCUGAGCGGAGCGAGCGGUAGUGGGCGGCGAUGAAAGCGGCUGUAAGACCCAACCGAACGCGGCUUUUCCAGCGGCUCUGCGUCUGUGGACUUGGUCUGAUAAGCGCCACCUGGCUCAUGCACUUCCUACAUGUAACAGACUCCUCCAGUGUGGAUGGAACAUUUCUCUGGUCUAAGAGAGAACUGGCACUGGAUAUAGACCAGAACCAGACCUAUGACCCUCCCAGAGCUGCCAUCCAUGAGUUUCCGGAGGACAUUUUCUCUCUGGAGCAGAGGAGACAAGGGGCAGUUCUCCUUCAUGUUCUCUGUGCAAUCUAUGUGUUCUAUGCCCUGGCCAUCGUCUGUGACAUGUACUUCGUGCCAUCUCUGGAGAAGAUAUCUGAGAACCUUCAACUUAGUGAGGAUGUUGCCGGGGCAACCUUCAUGGCUGCUGGAAGCUCCGCCCCCGAGCUCUUUACCUCUCUGAUUGGUGUGUUCAUCACGAAGGGUGACCUGGGAGUGGGCACCAUCGUGGGCUCAGCCGUCUUCAACAUCCUCGUCAUCAUCGGAAUCUGUGGGAUAUUCGCCGGGCAGCCCAUCUCUCUGAGCUGGUGGCCCCUAUUCAGGGACUCAGUUUUCUAUAUUCUGUCCAUCUUGUUGCUGAUUCUGGUGAUUUAUGAUGAGAAAGUGGUUUGGUGGGAGGCCAUUGUCUUGAUCUUGAUGUAUGGAGUCUACAUUCUCAUCAUGAGGUUUAACAGGCCUCUGUGGGGUUGGGUGGAGCUGCAUUUGGGCCGAGGAGGUCUGCCCUGCUUGACUAGCCUGCGAAGGACCACCGCAGUCGGGCAUGGAGGGGGCGACUGUGAUACCGACUUGGUUCCACUGAAGAGAGACUCGUGCUCAGGGCAGGACCCAGCGGUGGUGAUGGUGGACGAGUUGCUCAGCCUCCAGCCCCACCAGCUCUCCUUCUCUGAGGCAAGCCUCCGUCUUCUGAUCACCCCGCACUUCCCCCCCUACACCCGCCUCCGCAUGGCCGGACGCAUGGUCAUCAACGAGAGGCAGCGACUGAUCCAGGCGAAGAGCCUGGAGGAGGGGGAGGUGGUGGGAGAGGAGGGGGGAGAGGGGGGUCCGUGGGGGUUGGAGAAUGGUGGUGGUGUGGACGGCGAGAGACAGUCCCUUGGGGAGGGAGAGGCGGGCAAGGGGGGUGCAGAAACGGGGUGCAUCGGUGACUCGGUGGGGGCGCAGGCUAAAGAGGAGGAUGAGGAGGAGCAGGAAGAGGAGGAAGAGGAGGAACCGUUUCCACCCUUUGCUAUGCCAGAGGGCUGGUUCCGGCGUGUCAAGUGGCUGGUGGCGUGGCCUAUUAAUAUGUUGCUGUACUUCACGGUGCCCAACUGUACCCUCCCUCGCUGGCACCACUGGUACCUGCUCACCUUCCUAUCAUCUACCCUCUGGAUUGCCCUUCUCUCCUACGUCAUGGUCUGGAUGGUCACCAUCAUCAGUUUCACCCUGGGCAUCCCAGAAGUCAUCAUGGGCAUCACCUUCCUGGCCGCGGGCACCAGUGUCCCAGACUGUAUGGCCAGCCUCAUCGUUGCCCGCCAAGGUAUGGGGGACAUGGCUGUCUCUAAUUCCAUAGGCAGUAACAUCUUUGAUGUGCUACUGGGCCUAGGUUUUCCCUGGGUGCUGCGCACUCUAGUGGUUGACUAUGGCUCUGUGGUUUGCAUCAACAGUAAGGGGCUAGUGUACUCAGUGAUUCUGCUGCUGGCUUCUGUCAUUCUGACUGUCCUGGGUGUUCACUUGAACCGCUGGCGGUUGGACCGCAGGCUUGGUCUCUGUCUCCUACUGCUUUACGCCAUCUUCCUCCUCUGUUCUGUCGGCUUUCAGCAACUGUAACAGGUCACAGACACACACACACACACACACGUAAACACACACAUACAUGCACCAAGGGAAAGGUAAACACACACCCAUGUACAUAAGGAUGUUAAUACUUUAGUAUUUUCUGUGAUUUUAUAAUCACACCUAUUUGCAUAUCGUGUGAUUCUGAUACUAUCAAAGUGAGUCUGUAUUGACAACUGCUGUUUCUUGACCUAUGUUGUAUGCAUGUACAGUAUGUGUGUGUAUGGGUACAUGGAUUUUCAUUGGAGAACGAUGUCUCCUAAUAUCAGUGAUAAUGUUACAUCAACUGACAGGAAUCCCCACCUUCUAGCUUUAAUAAAUGUUGAGUUCCUUCUGCAUAGUUUUAUACAAAGCCUGUCAAGUUACUUUGUGAUAGCAAUGCACUUCGCACAAUGAAUUUAUAAACAACUGAAUUUGUAUCUUAUCAAAAGUCUUAAUGUAUGGCAAGUUACAAGGACUACAUUAUUUUCUAUAUAUGGAAGUUCCCCAAAAAGUGUUUAACACCAACAGUAUUGCCACAAUGAUCUUGCAGUCAUACGUUAAUCCUUCACUUCCCUGUGUGUAGUUGUACUUACUUUGCAUGGCCACAUCUGUCCCAUCUCAACACCUUGCUGUGGAAAUGCUUUGUUGAAUUUAUUUUGUAACUGGAGUGGAUGUUAAGUGCAAUAAACACCAAGUUUAGUGCAAUGAGG